AAUGGAGCGAUCUCUAUCUCUCUCCUGCUUCCUCUUUCUCUCUCUUCUGCUUCUCUCUCCUCUCUCCUUGGCGAGCUUGACGGACGGCCUCGGUCUCGCCAGGUCAAGCUUCCCGUCCGUGCAGGCCCAGAGCCUCAUCAGAGCCCUCAAUCUCUUUCCUGACCACGAUGUCAACCUCAUCGACGGAGCCGAUGCCGGAGAUUCUCUCUCCUCGGCUGACCCGAACAAGAGGCUCGUCGAGAAGCGCUUCACCAUGCCCAACCUCGCCGACUCCGGCGUCUCCGUCGAGGACCUCGGCCACCAUGCCGGUUACUACAAGAUCGAGCACUCUUAUGCCGCAAAGAUGUUCUAUCUUUUCUUUGAGUCACGCGGCAGUAAGAAGGACCCUGUUGUCAUCUGGCUGACUGGAGGUCCAGGGUGCAGCAGUGAGUUGGCUGUGUUCUAUGAAAAUGGUCCUUUCAGUAUUGCAGACAACUUGUCUCUUGUUUGGAAUCAAUAUGGCUGGGAUCAGGCGUCUAAUCUUCUGUAUGUUGACCAACCUACUGGGACCGGUUUUAGUUACAGUUCGGACAAACGUGACAUUCGUCACAAUGAAUAUGGUGUCAGUAAUGACCUGUAUGACUUUUUACAGGCAUUCUUCGCAGAGCAUCCUAAUUUAGCGAAAAAUGACUUCUAUAUAACUGGGGAAUCAUAUGCCGGGCACUACAUACCUGCUUUUGCUGCUCGAGUUCACCGAGGAAACAAAGCUAAAGAAGGAAUUCAUAUAAAUUUGAAGGGAUUUGCCAUUGGAAAUGGGCUUACAGAUCCUGCGAUUCAGUAUAAAGCUUAUACGGAUUACGCAUUGGACAUGGGCAUAAUAACAAAGACUGAUUAUGAACGUAUCAACAAGGUGGUUGGUCCUUGUGAAGUGGCAAUAAAGCUUUGUGGCACUGAUGGUACGGUUUCUUGUAUGGCUUCUUAUUUUGUUUGCAAUAUCAUUUUUAGCAGCAUCAUAGCACGUGCUGGGAAUAUAAACUACUAUGACAUCAGGAAGCAAUGUGUGGGAAGCCUUUGCUAUGACUUCUCAAAUUUGGAGAAAUUCUUGAACCAGAAAUCUGUAAGGGCCUCUCUUGGAGUUGGGGACAUAGAGUUUGUGUCAUGUAGCCAUACGGUUUAUCAGGCCAUGCUGUUGGACUGGAUGAGGAAUCUCGAAGUGGGUAUUCCUACUCUUCUUGAAGAUGGAGUGAAGUUGCUUGUGUAUGCUGGCGAAUACGAUCUGAUCUGCAACUGGCUUGGGAAUUCAAGAUGGGUUCAUGCGAUGGAAUGGUCUGGUCAGAAAGAAUUUGUGGCUUCUCCUGAAGUUCCUUUCCUGGUUGACGAUUCAGAAGCAGGAGUUCUGAAAAGCCACGGACCCCUCAGUUUCCUCAAGGUCCACAACGCCGGUCACAUGGUUCCAAUGGACCAGCCCAAGGCUGCAUUAGAGAUGCUGAAAAGGUGGACUCAGGGUACUCUUUCUGAAACCGUCGCCGAACCAGAAAAAUUGGUUGCUCAGAUGUGAUCUCCCCGCUGUUUCUCGUGCCGAUGUAUGGUUUUCACUGUUUCUCAAUGUUGUAAAUAUCGCGCCUAUGUUUUCAGGCCCUUCUGGGAGAUAACGGUUACUAGACCAUGUUUUAUAAAAGUUUCCACAGUGAACUAUUGACUGCAUACAUGGGAAUCCAUACUUUGUUUUAUAAA